AUGGUCGGUACUCGUCCUGAAAACGUGGGGAAGCGGCCCGGGAAGGUUGUGGCACCAAAACCUAAACAUAAGACCGAGGAGGUGACAGCCACCAAGGAAGCCGCUCAAGCAGCGAAAAAGGGUAAAGCCGCAGCGAAGAAGAAGAAGCUUGAGGAGCUAGCCAAUAUGGAGGUUGAGAUGCAGGAGGAGGAGAAUGCCUCGCGCGCUCGCCGUUCUCAGCGGUUGAAGCCGAGCGCGGACUCCGGCUCCGUCAAGGGCACAGUGCCCAACAAGUCUGGAGAUAAGUGCGAUCAGAAACGGCGUAGGCCGCGUUCCCCGACGCCGCCGGAGACGUACACGAACGAUGAGGAAGAGCCCACUAUGGAGGUAGAUCCUUCUGCGGACACGUCAAACGUUGAGGAGAGCGACGGCGAAAAUGUAGAGCGUUCAGACUCUGCAUCUCAGUACGAAGAGGAAGCAGAGGACGGGGACGGGGACGGGGACUCUGAUGAAGAUGGCGAGGCUGACGAGGACGUUGACGAAACCCCGAGACCACCCCAGAAGAAGGCAAAGACGGACAGUAGGGUGAAGGAACCAACCGGUAAGGACAAGCUGCGUAAGAGCGUGCUGGCCGAGAAGGCAAGCAUGGCGAAGACGAGCUCUGCGAAACCCAAGACGGUCUCAGCGGCAGAGCCCAAGGCGUCGAAGUCAGCGCCUAGCAAGGACACUGCCACCGCGAAGACAAGGCCGCCCUCGCGCACUCUGUCUACUCCCGUCUCCCCGUACAUCGGAGGGAAUGUGAAGGCGGCUGAAAAGCCUAAGCCCAAGCCCAAGCCCAAGCCGAGGGCGGUGAAGCCGAAGGUGGCGGCUCCACAGCAGGAUGACGAUGAGGUCUGGAUCAUCGAGAAGUCGGCCGGCAACAGCAAGGUGAAGCAGGAGGAGAACUCCGAUGUGGAGAUGGAAAGUGGGGGGUACGUUCUGACUGAGGAUGAGGGUAAGGAGGCCGAGGCUGCCAAGAACAGCCCCGUCAAGAACGGUGUCAGGUUGACGAGCCAGGCUCUUGUCAAUGUGGCGACCAUUGACCUCACCACGCCCAAACUGGUUCACAAAGUUGCAAGGGCUGGAGUCAAUAUGCCGAAGGACAAGAUUCGAAGGAGCGUCUCGGGCUCCUCGAGCGGCUCUCGCGUUGAGAACGACGAAUCCGAAUCCGAUGACGAUGACGCUGCUCCAUCUUCAGGUGUAGGAAGGGCGAGCCGUCCCACACCUAAGAACUCACACCUUCCCGCGGGCGCGAUGGACAACAACGACUGGAAGAGGCUCUUCAUUCCUACAUUCCUGCGCAACCUCGGCACUCGUUCAAACUGUUGGCAUAUCCCUGACGCGACGUUGAUCAAUCUCCUGCAGAGCAUCUGGGAUGCCGUCUAUGGUGUCCGCAUCCCGCACAAGGUUGAGGCGGGCGACAUCGUCAUUGCUCUCGCCACACAGAGGAUGUACGAGUGGCGGGCCAGCUUCGGAAGCGGGGCCCUUCGCACGUUUGAAACGUUCUUUAGGAACAACCCCGACAAAUAUUCCGCUCACGAAGCGCGUAGUGCCUAUUGCGCAGACAUCUUGGAAGACUGUCGCCUGUUCUACGAGAACCCGGAGAAGAACGAUCAGACUGGCCUCUAUCAGUCCGUCUUCGUGCGCUCGUGCCUUGCGAUACACAUGGACGCUAUUCAGGGCGCCAUUGAUGUUCCGGGAAUGUACCAGUCCGACGAAGACAUGUACCCGUAUGGUGCGAUAGGUCUUUCGGCCUCAGCGACCUUUCGUGCGGCCACGCUGUGGAAGCUGCUGAGGGUAAAGUACGACAAGGAAAACCGGCCCGUCCCAAAGCGGGCGAUCAAUCCGGUAACCGGUAAAAACAGUAUCAAAGACGUCGAGUUCGGCAUAGUGAACUACGGGGCUAAGACCGCCGGCGCCGCCACUUCUGCGCGUGCCCUGUCCUUCCAGAGUCUCGACACCGUUGUUCGUCUCGCGCUCGAGAUCUCCCAGGUGCCCCCCGCAUCGUCUUCUGGGAGUGCGCCACCAGAGAAGAAGAAGAAGACCGGUGAUAUGGACUUUGCGCUCCUCGUCGAGGCGCGGGCCUAG